AUGGCAAGGGUGGCUGAUGUCAAUGGGAGGCUUCAUCCCGCCAGACUCCUCUUAGACAAUGGCAGUACUUCCAAUUUCAUCACCCAGGAACUCUGUGGAAAGCUCGGUCUGGUAAAACGAAGCUCUAAUUCAAUCAUCUCAGGUAUUAACGGUCAAGUUUUUGGUACAUCUAAAAGUUGUCAUCUUACUAUACAAUCUUCUUGUGGUGACAUCAGCAAGAUAAUCAAGAAAUCAAUUAGUGGUAUAUCUGGCAUUUUAGAAAUGCUGCGAGGACUGGACUUCGUCUUCUGCUAUAUCGACGAUAUGCUAAUAUCAUUCGGGAAACUAUGUUCCAAGGUUUUCUGCUCACACGACUUGAAACUCGCCACUAAAAUAUCUGUUUACAUGGCGAUAGUGCUGCCAAGCCUCCUAUAUUCUUCUGAGUUGUGGUGUGUGAACCGUCUCCACAUUCGCAAGCUAGACAGAUUCCACCUUAAA